AGAAGAGAAACACCACCACCAAAACGUCUAAAACCACUGCAAAAACCUCUCUAGUUUCUACUGCUUCGAACUUCCGACCAACAAUGGCUAAAACCCCCUCUAAGCACUCUCGCGAUCUACCUCAGGAAUUGGAGGGGCUUUUGAAUAACUUACAGGACUGGGAAUUGUCUUUUAAAGAAAAAGAUAAGAAAAUGAGAUCAGAUGCUGUCGGCAAGGCCAAGCUGAAGGAUCAACUAGGCCAGCCAAGUGGAAAUAACGUUGGUCGGCCUUAUGAUAGUGCUAAAGUUCAUCGAAAACAGACAAUGGAAAAAACUCCGUCUUAUGAGAAUCCAAGUACUGUCAAACAGUAUGACCAUUUGAAAGAAUACGAGGCACUCAGUCGAUUAUCAAGUGCAGUCCCUUCUACAGAGAGCUUUGUUGAUGCUAAUUCUGAGAAAGAGUUGGGUAAUGAGUUUUUCAAGCAGAAGAAAUUUACUGAAGCAAUAGAUUGCUAUUCACGAAGCAUUGCGUUAUCGCCAUCUGCAGUAGCUUAUGCAAACAGAGCAAUGGCAUACAUCAAAAUUAGGAGAUUCCAGGAAGCUGAAAAUGAUUGUACAGAAGCUUUGAAUUUAGAUGACCGGUAUAUAAAAGCAUAUUCUCGUCGAUCAACCGCAAGAAAAGAACUCGGCAAACUCAAAGAAUCGAUGGAUGAUGCUGAGUUUGCUUUGAGAUUGGAGCCACAAAACCAAGAGAUCAAGAAGCAAUUUGCGGAAUCCAAAUCUUUGCUUGAGAAGGCGAUUCUGAAGAAGGUAUCUGGAGCAUUGACUGGCUCUGUGGAAGGAGCACAACCAGGAAAAUCGGAGGUGGAUAAGAACAAUAAUGUGCAGAAACCACUAUCUGGAAGAGUGACUGAGAUUCUUGAAGAAAAUCCCAAGGGCAAUAAGUCAAGAGAAGUCACGGCAGAUACAUCCAUGGAAAUCAAACAAAACAGUGUAAGAAGUAACGGAUCUGAUGUUAUCACUGACUCAGAGACUGCAAAGUUGUCACAGACGAAACCCAAAAAUGGCAAGCAGCAGCUGAAAGCAUCCGUGCAAGAGCUUGCUGCAAAAGCAGCUAAUCUUGCGAAAGCCGAAGCUGCUAAAAACAUUGUUCCUCCAAAUUCAGCUUAUCAAUUCGAGGUUUCCUGGCGAGGACUUUCUAAUGACCGUAACUUACAAACUCGCUUAUUACAGGUAACAUCACCAGCAGCAUUACCUGGGAUAUUUAAAAACGCACUGUCGGCUCCAAUACUCGUAGAUAUCAUUAGGUGCAUCGCCACCUUUUUUGUGGAAGAUAUGGCAUUAGCUGUUGAUUACUUGCAGAAUCUGACCAAAAUUCCAAGAUUCGACAUGAUUAUCAUGUGCCUUUCAUCUGCCGAUAAGUCUGAUGUUUCCAAGAUUUGGGAUGAAGUGUUCAUCAAAGGGACUGCAGACUAUGGUGAAAUCCUUCGUGAUUUGCGUAUUAGAUAUGGCAUAAAACAUUGAUGGGUAUUUUCUUUUGGACUCGGUAUUCGAGAAUUUCGUUUUGUUGGAUUUAUAUGCAAGUACAGUUCUAUCUCCAGCAGGUAAGGCAUAUAUUUUGAGUAAAUUACACCUACUGGGUAUAAUUACAUCUAAACCCCCUCGAAUUUGGAAAAUUACAGAAACUUUGUAAAGGAUGUUUGAUUUAGGUUAAAACUUCAACCCCAAACUCUAUAUAAUACAUCUUCAGCUUCAGCUUCACUAAAAUACUCAAACCUCCUUUGAAGUUUAAA